AUGAGUAAUAGAAUUAUUAGUCUACUCGAUUUACCUGAUGAAAUAUUAUUGAUUAUUUUCAACAAACUUGGUUCAUUUUAUGUUCUUUAUUCAUUAUUGAAUAGUAUUCAACGACUUGAUCACAUAGCAAGAAGUAUUCAUUAUUCGAAUUCGAUAAAUUUUUCAAUUGAAUUAUCAGAUGGUCAAGUCUCGACAAUUGAUUCUGAUAAACUUCAUCGAUUCUGUGUUGAAAUAUUACCUCAAAUACAUGAUCAUAUUCAAAUAAUUACUCUUGAAACUACUAGUAUUGAACGUAUUCUUCUAGCUGCUCAAUUUCCCAAUCUUAAUACUCUUGUUUUGGUUGGAUUUUCACCAGAUAUACUUUCAAGUUAUUUUACAGAAAAAUCACCAAUUAUUCAUUUAUUAAAAGAGCAAAUCAAAUUUAUUACUUUGAAAAUUCGAAAUGAAUUGUUUAAUGAUAUAUCAUAUACAUAUGUUUGUGAACGUAUUCUUUCAGUUUGUGAAAAAUGUAUCUAUUUAGAUAUUAAUCAAUCAGAAAUGGUUAGAUCUUCUCGAUUUUCAAUCGAUGAUCAUUCUCAAAAUAUUUGUUAUUCAUCAUAUUUACAUACAUUAAUUAUUCGUGUAGAAAAAUUUGAUGAUUGUCUCUUUUUACUUGAUGGUCGUUUGAAAAACUUAUCUUCAUUGACAGUACGUGUGUCGUUUAUUGAAAGAUUAUCAAUAAUUACUGAUAGUCGUGAAAAACUGUUUCAUUUGAAAGAGUUCUCAUUAGAAUGUCCUCGUUUUUCAACUGCUUAUGAUUGUCAAAUUGUACGACUUCUUCAUCGAAUGAUUAAUUUGAAAAAACUAACUUUAUCAUUUUAUAUAAUUCGAUUGAAAGUGAUUGAUGGAAUCGAUCUCAACGAAAAAAUUCUUUGUCAUAUGUUAAAUUUAGAUAAAUUUUUAUUUGAUAUUUGUGCAAUUAUGCCAACAUGGCAAACAAAUGAUUUUUUAUCAACAAACGACAUUCAAAAUACAUUUAUUAAUUGGAAAUAUUCUCAAGUUGGUUGUAGUAUCGAUCGUUUUUCUAAUGGAAUUACUUAUUGUCAUAUCUAUUCUAUUCCAUUUCAAAUGACUAACUUCAUGUAUCUUACGAAUAGUAUUCGAAAUGAUUAUUUUCCAUUUGUAAUCAAUGUAACAUUAUAUGAUACACGUCCAUUUGAAUACGAUUUUUUUCAAUGGAUGUCUAAAGCAAUUCCAUUACUUAAAUAUUUAACGUUGAGUAAUUUUCUACCACAAGUUAAAAAACUUGAAAAUCAAUCAUGUAUUCCAUAUAAUCAUCUCGUUCGAGUAAGAUUUACUCGUGCACAUAUCGAUUAUGUUUAUCAAUUUUUAUGUCAUACAAAAGCAUAUGUUCCACAACUUUCUAUACUCAAAAUACAAUAUGAUAAAUUAUUUACUGUUACAAAUAAUUUUACCAAUGUUACAACACAAAUAAAUUGUAGACAACUAAAACAACUGCUAUUUGAUGAAAUUAUUGUCUAUCCAGAACAUUUUCAUGACUAUUUCCCUUGUUUGACUAAAUA